AUGGCUGUCAUUCUUCAUCUCUCUCGGUCGCGAUUGAGAAAUAACGUUUUUUCAAUGUCUGCAGUCGCUAAUUCAAUGUUACGGCAAACAUCGAUGUUGACUCGUGCCUGCUUUUCAAAUCUAUCUCGACCAACGUUUUUACCAUUCAGCACCACUGCUCAUCGGCUGACGGAAUCAUCUUCAAAAUCGGCUGGCUACGAGGGCAAAUCAUUCGACAGUGUUCCUGUACAUCUUAGCCCAUUGGGCAAAGUUGUUAUGGUUUUAGGUGGUCUACAUUCGCGUUUAAGCGACGUUCCUGACAGCAUACCUAAUCGUAUUUACCAAAAAACAAAAGAUAAAUUUCGAGCACGCUGCGUAGUUGCUUCGUUAUUUGGCACAGGUCUUCUGGCUCUAAUCGCUGCAAUGCGUGGUAAAAGUGCUAAGAAAGAAGGCAAACGAUAUACAGACAGUGUUUUCGAAAUGCAUCGCGGUGAAUCUCGACUUCAUGAGCAAUUGGAAUCUGCUCAUCGACACCGCAAUCCUUCUGAACGUUAUUCACCAGCGAUUGAUGAAAUCAACAAAUAA